AUGGACCUAGAUAAUGGUGUUCUCGCCAUUCCGGAUACAAUACUCUUCAGUAAUAGCAAAGUGAUUUGCGCACCGGAUGUUCGUCGCGUUGUUGAUUACUGUGGCUCACCAACUGAUGGAUACGGAACAUGUUCAUCCGUGCACAGCAAGUUCAGGUUCAUUAACAACAAAGAUGACCUGAAACGGUUACGCGAAUUUGAAAAGAACCAAAUAUCUAUUGUGGAUCGUCGAAGCGACAUCAAAGCAUUGUCGGUCAAACUCAAAGAAAUGGUCAUCGAGAGGAUGUGA